AUGGAGGCAGGACAGGGUCGGACGUGGACAGCAGGGAAGAUCAAACCAAUGGGAGACAGCUACCAGUUCACAGUGGACGUCCAAGACCUCUCUCCAGAGGAUGUCAUCAUCACCACCUCCAACAACCAGAUCGAAGUCGAUGCAGAAAAGUUGGUGGCGGAUGGUACAGUGAUGAACACAUUUACCCACAAGUGCCAGCUGCCUGAGGAUGUGGACCCCACCUCUGUGACAUCAACAUUGGGCGCAGAGGGAACGCUUACAGUUAAGGCCCGCAGACACCCAUCCAAGCAUGAGCUCACACAGACCUUCCGCACUGAGAUCAAGAUCUAAAAAGACAGACUGGACUCUCUCAUGACCUCUGCUCCCUCGCUGCCUGCAAUUUGUAAUGCUACAGUGUAUACUGUUUUUCACAUUGCCUGUCUUUACUAUUAUACCUGUCCAUUCUGGUUGUCUUCCUCUUCUGCCAUACCACCUCCUCCCAUAUAGCUGCCUUGAAUUGACAGUAGUUAGCCUACUUUGUUCUUAUGUUUUCGCACAGUUAUCACACAUGGGUUUGAAAAAUUCCUGGAACUUUCAAUAAACUUUCUGGUUUUCCAGAAAACCAUUUUGCUACCGUAAUCACACAUCACCUCCAUGUGUGUGCACACCCUAUCCCAUCCAUCAAUAAAGUAAUGCUUCUUCUACUGAACUCUACAGUACUGCUACCAUACCAGUAUUGUACAUUGUAAUAGUUUUGUGAGUAGUCGAUUGAUA